GGGCGUGGGUGGGCCCAUUUGUCAGAGAGAGAAGCAUCGGGCAGAUGUUACCGCUGCGCUGCGCAAAUCUCGCUUCCCACUUCUUCGGCCCGUGCUCUGCAUUCUCCAUCUCCGACCACCGCAUCCGCCGCGUGCCCCCAUCGGCAUCGCCGGAGACUGCGCCGCGGCCUUAGGUAGCGCGGGAUGGCCUCAGGUAGCUCGGCCGGCCGCGACCCGUACGACGAGGAGGCCGCCGUCCGCCGGCCCCUCGAGCUCGACGCCCGUGACGCCGCCGCCGCAUCGUCAUCCUCCGACCACCGGUCUGGAUCAUCUCAAAUGCUCAUUCCUGUCAUGUUACCUAUUGUAGCAAGUGUCAUGCCUAGAUAUCAAGCCUCAACGAAGGGUGAUGCAAGUAAUAUAUACUCUGAGGAGUGGCGGCAGCCUAGUACAGAUGUUGUGUGCAAGAGCAAGCCUGGGUCGAGAUACUUCACGGCAUUUGGAGUGGAUUUGUCCCCUGAUAAUAUGGCUGUUGCCAUUGUAUAUUUUGUGCAAGGGGUUUUAGGUCUUGCCCGACUUGCUGUGAGCUUUUACUUAAAAGAUGAUCUUCAUCUCGAUCCAGCUGAGACUGCAGUUAUAUCUGGUUUCUCAUCCUUACCAUGGUUGAUCAAGCCCCUCUAUGGCUUCAUCAGUGAUUCCAUUCCACUCUUUGGAUAUCGACGAAGGUCAUACCUUAUUCUAUCAGGAUUCCUUGGAGCACUUUCGUGGAGUUUGAUGGCUACAGUAGUGAACAGUAAAUACGGUGCAGCUUUCUCUAUUCUUCUUGGAUCACUUUCUGUUGCCUUCUCUGAUGUUGUGGUGGAUUCUAUGGUUGUUGAGAGAGCUCGUGGUGAAUCACAAAGUACAUCUGGAUCUCUCCAGUCACUGUGUUGGGGAUCUUCUGCCUUUGGAGGAAUUGUGAGUGCAUACUUUAGCGGUUCGCUUGUGGAUACUUAUGGAGUAAGAUUUGUCUUUGGUGUUACAGCAUUUUUACCCCUGAUGACAUCUGCUGUUGCAGUUCUUGUAAAUGAACACCGUAUACCUUCGGGGGAACGUAGUAUCUUACAUUCUGGUUCAGGAUUUGUUGAGAGCUCUAAGCAGCACAUCAGGCAGCUUUGGACUUCAGUAAAGCAACCAAACAUUUUCUUGCCCACCCUGUUUAUAUUCCUCUGGCAAGCAACACCGCAAUCAGACUCCGCUAUGUUUUUCUUCAUCACAAAUAAGCUUGGAUUUACCCCAGAAUUUCUAGGGCGUGUAAAGCUUGUUACCUCUAUUGCAUCCCUGCUUGGUGUUGGGCUCUACAACUAUUUUCUGAAGGAAGUUCCUCUAAGGAAAAUUUUCCUUGUGACAACCAUCAUAGGCUCAGCCCUUGGAAUGACACAGAUUCUUCUUGUAACCGAGCUUAAUCGACAUUUUGGGAUCAGUGAUGAGUGGUUCUCCAUUGGUGAUUCAUUAAUCAUCACAGUCCUUGGUCAGGCUUCAUUUAUGCCGGUCUUGGUGUUAGCUGCAAAAUUAUGUCCUCCAGGAAUGGAAGCAACUUUGUUUGCUACUCUGAUGUCCAUUUCUAAUGCUGGAAGUGUUACUGGUGGUCUGGUUGGCGCUGGCCUAACUCGGGUUUUUGGGGUCACUAGGGACACCUUUGGGAAUCUACCUCUCUUGAUUGUCGUCUGCAAUCUUAGUUCGCUGCUGCCCCUACCUCUUUUAGGUUUCCUUCUAGAGGAAUCAGACAGCGUAGAUAACAGAGAAACAAAACAUAACUGACUAGCUGAGGUUUUAUCUCCAUGUGUUCCCGGCUCUCAAGUAUGGCACACCACCUUCCACAGUUGAUAUGGCCUAUUCAGCAGGGGAAUAUGGAACUCGCAUUGCAUAUCUUCAGUUGGCCACUGCUGUCAUCAUUCAUUUAAUCUACUGUGAGUCUGUAACCAUUAACUUAUGUGAUCAAAAAAUGAUCCAUGGUCAUCUGAAAAUGAUCUUCAAUGCUACAGCAUACAGGUACUUGCUCAUUUUUCAGUUUCUACUUUACCUUGUAUGCUCUGACAAAUUUUAAUUGUCUUUUACCUUUACGCUCUUUGUUAGCUAAUGUAACCCCCAUGAGAAAUAGACUGAGGGUUGAAGAUAGCAGUUGAACAAUGAUUCCCUUACAAAUUUGAAUGUAUUGUGCCAAAGAAAAAAGAUCCUGAAUAUUUGUGCCCUAUGAAGAAAGAGAUACUUCCGCACAAUGCGACUUGUGAUACUGUAUCAGAUUCUGCGUAGUCUUCUUUGCAAGUGAUCGUAUGCAUUCUGUUAGGCCCAGAACAAAGUGGAAUCAGAGGCACACACGGGAGCAGGCACGACAGAAAUGCAACACCCAUUACAACUGACCUAUGUUUCCAGUGGCAAUAGACAGUUUGUGUAAAAUACUAAAACCAUAGACCUUUCCCUUUGAUGUCAACAUGAAAUAUGAUUCCAAUUUAUUGGCAAGUUAAAUCA